CCGCGCUCGCCCGCCACUGCGCGCCAGUCCACCUCCGACUGCGCCCGCAUGCGUACACGAUCCGCCGAUCGCCCAGUGUCACCCACCUGUGCUAAAUGGAACUGACCAGCGUUCAAUGUUAAAGAAACAAAGCUACGAGGACAAGGAAGUGAACAUGGCGAUACAGAGUGUUUCGAGGUACCCGAGCAGCCCGGCCGAGGCCACGGAGCCGCCGAAGGCGUCGCGAAUCAGCUUCAGCGUGGCGUCCAUCCUGGCGGACACGAAGGCGAGCUCGGACGAGACGGCGGAGAUCCUCCGCCAUCACCGCAGCAUCCCCGAGUCUCCGCUGCGGCAGUCGCCGGGCGCGCAGCCCGACCUGCCGGGGGGCAAGUCGGUGUCGCCGCGGCCCUGCUCGCAGACUCCGCCGCUCAACCUGAACGUGUCAGCCACGGUCACGUCGUCGGACGAGGAGUACGAGGACUCCGUGAACCAGGAGGACUCGAUAGUCGAUGUGGAGGAACUGCGGAAUGGGAUGGCGAGCGAGGACGAGGAGCGGCCGGCGUCGGAGAAGGCGCGGCUGGUGCGGCCCACGCCGUUCAGCGCCCUGGCGGCCGCGGCCUACGGCCUGGGCUGGCCGGGCCCGCCGCCCGUCGUGCCGUCCUUCGGUCCGCUCUUCCAGUCACAUUUCCCCGUUGGACAUUUAACAGAUGCUAAUGGCGAGCCAGCGAAGCUAAAAUGCAAUCUGCGCAAACACAAGCCUAAUCGCAAGCCGCGGACCCCAUUCACCGCACAACAACUGCGCGCGCUAGAAAGCAAGUUCGUCGACAAACAAUACUUGAGCAUUGCCGAGAGGGCCGAGUUCUCUUCGUCACUCGGACUAUCUGAAACACAGGUAAAAAUCUGGUUCCAAAACCGAAGAGCGAAAGCAAAGCGCGUCCAAGAGGCGGAGAUCGAGAAGCUCAAAAUGGCGCAGUUUUCUCGUCACCCCCACCACUUGUACCCCCACCCCGCGCUGCAGCAGUACUUCCACCCGCACCACCUGAUGGCCGGGGGCCGGCCCCUGCCUCCCAUGGGGCUGCCGCCGCCACACCUCACCAUGGUCCAACCACCUGUGUCCAGCUCACCGUCCCCCAACACGCAGACUAACCAACAGUGAAACAAAAGACAUUAAAACACGUGUGAACCUAAACAAUCGAGUGAAUUCCGAAAUAUUUAAGUUAAAGUUUUUCUCCUGUCGCUACCUGCGGCUGUGAGUGCGGUGUAUCGGACUUGAACUUCUCCAAGUUGUAAAUUAUUUUGUAAAUAUAGAUUAAUGGGUUUAGACAAUACUGUGUAUUUAGAAUAAUGUUCUUAUAAUUUUACUGAUAAUUACGUCAUAGGUAUCCUUUACCUUAUUACCAAAAUUUAAUUUGACCUAUUUUCAGUACAAAAUUCGUUCACCACAUUUUCGAAUUCAAUAUUAUUUCAAAUA